AUGAAACACACUGUGAGCCCAGCUCUAGUCUCACAUCUUACACGCGUCUUGCUGCUGGCGGCUUGUGGAUGUGUUGUUUUUGCUGAAGUCAGCUAUCGCCUCUCAAGACAACUCCGGCACGUGGCUCUGAGCAAUCAGACCAUCUACGUGGACGUCAGAGAUCUGAGCAACCAGACCGUCCAAGAUGUGACCGUGUCGCUGGUGGACGUCAGCAGAAAUCAAACUGUGACGACAAAAUCCACGGCUGGGAAUCAAUCCCAGGCCUCCGUGGGGUUCGAAUGUUUCCAUUUCAAGCAGGCGGGAGAAUUUGAGUUCAGAGGCAGAGAUUUGAGGGCCAACGGCACCACUGAGUGGACGAGCGAAAUACUGCACGUGGAAUGGCCAGCGUUCCACACCGAGGUCAAGAGGAAGAGUGACGUGUGGCAGAGCAGUUUCCAGGUGGGAGUCUUCACCAGUGAGUUUCUGUGCCCGUGGUGGCCGAGUGCACUGAGGUUGUCUCUGGAUGUUACCAGCAGCGAUUUCCAUCAGCCUGGAAUGUACGAUAAACACAAAGCCUUGAAGAGAACAAUAAGCAAAGACAUCGAGCUUUCCAAUUCUCAGUGGGUGGAAUUCGAUUGCUCACAUUUCAGGCAAGACUCUUUGAUUACGAUUUUAUUGAGGGCUCCACACACAGGUGAGGUGAUAUCUUCGGAAGGGCCGUUGGUGUUCGAUCGAAUCUUCGGGUACAAGCUAGUCGUCGAUCACUUAAAAACCUCCACGUGCGAGUUGUCCACAGGUGUGCAUAUUGUUGCUCCCCCCUGUGUGAACCUACAGGGCACAAUCUCCGUGUAUAAGGAUUCAUUCACAAGAGAGAGUUUUGUAGCUGAGAACUGGCUCCAUCCCGGGAAUAACAAGACGGAGUUUAACUGCUCUCUGUUUGACGCUGGGAAAAGUAACUACUGCUUCAAGUAUGUCAGUGUUUUGAACCACAGCCAUUCUGCCCCCAAGGCGAAAAGUUGCGUAACACUCCAGAUAGACGCAGAAAGAUGGACUGUCUGGCUGUCUUGGAGCCCAUGCAGCGUAACUUGUGGUGAUGGGACACGUGAAAGAUACCGUCAGUGCAUCUCACCCUCCUCAGGGAACGUUAAAUGCACCGGGGAGAACAAGGAGGUUUCCCACUGUUCUCUUGUGGAUUGCACUGGAAAGAAACCCGGGGAUUCGGGGGGAGCUGAGUCGGGAUACAAAGCCAGCAAUAUCGUGACGAUCACAGGCAUUUUCCUGUGUUUGGUGAUAAUCAUCGGCACGGUGGCUAUUGCGAUACGCACAAAGCUGUCGUGCAAGGAGGAGAAGUGCAACCUUGGAGGGAGACGGGGUUCACUUCAAACUCACAACCUCAGCGAGGACCCCGGAGAUGACAGGAUACUCGGCAACUCAAACCGGCGGGUCGAAGACGGCACGAUCAUACCUUUGAGCUGCAGAAGGAGCCAGCAAUUUGUUUCGACGACAACAACUUGCCUUUACCUAGCACCCGUCACUGCAGGUCACGUCCCAGAGAAGGUCUCGAGCCAGGACGGGUUGUCGGAGGAAGGGUUGCCCAGCGCCCAGAGGGUGGUACCUCCUAUAUUCGGGUACCGCCUGGCACAUCAGCAGCUGAAGGAAAUGAAGAAGAAAGGGAUAACCGAGGCCACGCACGUUUACCACGUCACCCAGCGUGAUGAAGAGGCCGAGGCAGAGACGGACCGCGGUGUUGCCACAGUACCCGCCCUAGAGAAAGAGAGCAACAUGGAAAACAGUGUGAAUCGAUUCCGAAUCCAAGCUCCCUUUUUGGAUCAGAAGCAGUCGAUGCCCUGCAAAGCGCAGGUGGAGAGAGCGAACCACUGGACAGAUUUUGAACUGGCUCAGUUCGGCGAUCGGGGCAGCGAGCGCUACCUGCACCGAGCCGUGGCUCAGACCCUGUGCCGGGCAGCCGCAGCACAGUGCAGGCAAGGGCAGUGUGAGGGGGGCAUAGGAGGAGGGCACAGCCGGAGAACGUGCAGCUUCAGUGAAUACAAAGGCGGCAAGUACUACAGGGAGAGGAGCAGAUCUGCCGGCACAUCCAAGUUGCAGUCCUCAUAUCACUCCAGAGCAGCUUACAGGACUGGGAGCAGUAUGGACAGAUGCAAUGGCAGUGCCUUCCCUCCUCCUCCUCUUCCUCCGCCCAGAUCAGGCCACACCACAACCUCAGCAAAGCCUCCCGGCUGGAGCUAUAGUGGAUCAGCCAACCUCAAGCACCACCCGAAAAGCAGGUCCGGGAAAGCUGAACAGCUGAGGGAAGAGACGAUAACUGGUGCAGUUAAUCACAUGGAGCUCUCCCCAAGCAAACCGAGAUCAGGUCCAACCAACCGAUAUCACUCACCCACGUCCCUCAGCGAUCCCAGCAGCGCUGAGAAAUAUUACAACUGGAAAUAUCCAUGGAGCAACCCUUUGCCCCGCCAUCAUUACAGACAAGAACGCUGUCAAAGCUUCCCCUCUGCUCCCAGCUUUCUUCCCUAUGACAAUUCUGGCUUUGACCUCUCUGCUUUGGACCAGCGGGUGACUGAUGUGGCUGGCUACUUUGAUCUGCACGUGAAGGAGGGUGAAGGAGACACCACUACUCUAAGCAAUGAAAAGUUGGUAGUCUAA